AUGGACCAUGUCCUGUCGAAGGAAGAGUUGGAGGAAUUUCACCACCACAUUCCCGAAAUACCAUGGUUGGGAUACGAUCACAGACCGUCCGAAUUGGGUGACUUUGACGACUAUGCUCUGCAGCGAGGAUGGUCGAGAGAGAGACUGUUCCACCUCAAAGAAGGUAGACUCGGCGAUCUAGAGAAAGAAGGCUUGAAGGCGUUCCUUCAGAGCUGGUUCAGCAUCGGUCUGUACGAGAUGGCGUUGAGCCGGAGUCUCGACAAAGAUGGCUUUAUCGUCCAAAGGGAUUCGUCUCUCUUCUUCAGCAGCGAGCCGUUGCGACAGCUGUUCAAGGAUCUGCGGGAGGAGUUUCAAAACCUGCCGAGAGACGACCCACACAAGAUCCAGAUGUUGGAGCAUUUAGUUCGGGUCCUGACAUCGGCCAGUGUCUGGAGCCGUAUGCUGGGUGAACCGCAACUGUUUAUCAAUGUAAACGCUGACUUCUGCGACGACACCUACGAGAGUAUCAUGCGGCUUUUCACGCUCAGCGGCGUGGCCGUGCAGUAUAUGGGCGAGGUGCUCGCAAACUUUGUCCAGGGGAGCUUUAGAGGCCGACUGCAGAGCCCCUGGAUCCCCAUUGACGCAUAUCAGCGGGCCCUUGCCGAAAGAUUGGUGAAACGCGGCUGGUGCCCGUACGUGAAGACCAUGUUGAGCCCGGUCAAUAUCAUUGUCGCGGAAUAUGCCGCGAUUGUUGGGCCUCCAGCCACCAGGUUUACGCACAAUUCAUGCUCGGCUGACGGCUGUGUGCGGCACAACAUCGACGAAAGCACGUAUAAGCCUAGGCAUAUCCGCUCGGGAUGUCAAUGCCCAUUCGUAAGACCCAGCUUGCCUCGGAUCGCCGAGGUCCUAGACAGCGGGCGAAUACCUCUGAUGGAUUUCAACAGCAUCUCGGAAGCAGAAGAUGGCAUGACUGUUGAGGUCGUGCCCAUGGAAGACGCGUCCAUGUUCUCUGCCGUAUCCCAUGUCUGGUCUGGCGGGCUGGGCUCGACCUCGGAAGAAGGCCUUCCAGCAUGCGCUGUCGAUUUCCUGGCCAGCUACGCCGAAGUUGCUGGGCCGUCGAAACUGACAUGGAUCGACUCACUUUGCAUACCGAGAGAGAAGCGGCUGCGGAAGAUGUCAAUCACCGGAAUGAACAAGGUGUACACUCGAGCAUCCAGGACGCUGGUAUUGGACCCUGAGCUCUUGCACGCGGCGACAGCCAACACUCGACGGUUGCUGCUCUGGGUCACAACCGCAGCGUGGAUGCAGAGAAUGUGGACACUUCCCGAAGGCCGCUUGUCUCAGGUCCCUCUCUUUGCCUUCAAUGAUGGCGUUGUUUUGUUAUCGGACCUCAUGAAAGAUGCAAAUCGAAAUGAUUCCGACAACCCGGUCAGCGGCUCCCUGAUGCCUGAUCUGCUUGGCUUAUUCUCGGCGAAUAUCAAUCCGCUUCGGUACAUCCAUCAAUCGCUCUGUUAUCGGACCACGAGUAAGCGAGAGGACGAGGUACCUGCUCUUGCAGGGUUGUUCGAUAUCGACGCCCGGCGCAUACUCGAGACCAAGUCGCUUGAAGAUCGAAUGGCUAUGUUUUGGAUAGCUCUGCGGGAGAAGGUCAGGAUUCCGAUGAACAUUCUCUUUUUGGGUGGGGAGAAACUGCCGAUUGCAGGCCUUCGUUGGGCGCCUAGAAGCCUUCUCAAUGCCGGCAGGCAGUUGAGUCUGCUUGGACCUCCCAGCGGUGUCACCACGUAUGACGUUGAGUUGAGCGACAGCGGCACUUUGACCGCCACGUAUGUCGUGAUACGCUUGCAAAGAAGAUCCAAAUUGCUACUCAACAAGUUCAAUCCGAUCAAACUCGCGUUCAAUCCGGAUCCUGGCUCAAGGGAGGUGCCCGUUGGCCUGUUCACGAUACUUGUCAUGCCAAAGACAAGGACCGAUACUGAAGAUGCUGGGAUCUUGGAAGACAUCGAUGCUUUUGCGGUUAAUGUAACAAACCUAGAGGCAAGAGCAGGACGAGCUCUCGCCAAUGAAUUGUUGUCCUCGGUAAAGACAGUCAUCGCCCUGACCAUGGAGAGCUCGCCACCAAGGCCAUUUGAAGAGGAAUCUGGCGCAAAUCUGGGUCGGCCGAAAGACGAACCAAGUAGCUAUGCGCGUACACACUCAUUCAUAGCGCGUUAUCGAAUGCAAUUGUCACCGAUUGAGACACUGGGAGAUGAGCUGAUCACAGGAUUUGUUGGGUGGGCACGGAUCUCGAUAUCAUGA